UUGUUUUUUGUAUUUUACAUCAGUAAAUUAAUUUUGAUUACUGAACUAUCGAUGAAUUGUGAGAAAUAUUAAUUAUUUUUCGUUUAUUAUAAAGUCAAAUAAUAUUAAUGAAAAGAGGAAUGACAUUAAUUUGAGCAAUAAACAUUUUUGAGUAUUUUUAUUGUGUCAUAACCUGUCAAUUCAACCUCAAAAAUGAUGAUAAAUGAUACUCUUGACUCCGACAGUGUUGGAUGUGGUUUUAAUGCAUUCAAAGAAUCAGAAGAAAUAACUGCAUUAAUAGAACAAUUAAAAGAUCCUAGUUUAUCUCUGAGUCUUGUCGAAAAAAAUACUGAAAAAUUUAAAUCCAUCCUUUCACAGUAUCAAGAUCAACCUCAUUUGCUUGAUCCUUUUUUAGAAGGUAUUCUUGGGCCAAUAAUAUCUUUAAUUAAAGAUGAAAAUGUAAAUGAUAGUAUGAAGCACAAUGCAUUUAAAUAUUUAUUUAUUUUAAUGAAUGUAAAAACGUAUAAAAAGCUUGUAACUUACCUUCCACAUGAGGUAAUGGACUUUCUACCGGUUUUAAGAAUGUUAGAAAAACAAGAUCCAACAGAUUUAAAUACAUGGGAAACAAGGUAUGUUCUUCUAAUAUGGCUAUCAAUUAUCUCAAAAAUUCCAUUUCCUUUGUCAAGACUUGAGAUAUCAGAUAAUAUUGAACCAUCACAAACAAUUGUAGGAAGAAUUUUAGAAAUUUGUAAAAAAUAUUGUUUAGCUAAAGACUCAUGUCCUGUUGCUGCAGUUUUUCUUGUAGCAAAUUUCCUUACAAGGUCAGACGUUAAAAAGCUUUAUCUAGAAGAGAUGAUAAUGUGGUGUCUGAAAUGUCUAGAAGAUGAUCCUCUAAGUCACGGACCACUGGCUGUUUUAGCUUCAAUAUUAAAACACAGUUCCCGAGAAGAUUUGAAGCCUUACUGCCAAACACUAUUCGAUAAAAUAUCAACAUUAAAUUUAUUCGAAAGUCCCAACGCUUUGAUUCGAAAAUUUGCCACUAAAGUUGUACAACGAAUCGGAUUCGUGUUAUUAAGGCCAAAAUUAGCGACUUGGAGGUAUCAAAAAUCUGGUACAAAGAACAGUCUAUUAUUAAAUAUAAAUGAUUUGGUGAUUGAAAAUGUUGAAGACACGAAAACCACAGCUAUUAUUGAUAAUGAGGAUCAAGAUGUACCUCCACUUAUUGAAGAAAUUAUAGAACAGUUAAUUCAAGGUUUAAGAGAUAAAACUAUUGACAUUAGAUGGUCUGCAGCAAAAGGAAUAGGACGAAUAACAGCGAGGCUACCCGUUGAUUUAGCUGAUGAAGUCGUAGGUUUUGUUCUCAACUUAUUCUCUGGGAGAGAACUAGAGUCAGCUUGGCAUGGUGGAUGUUUAGCCUUAGCUGAGUUAGGAAGAAGAGGAUUGCUAUUACCUCAUCGGCUCGAUGAAGUAAUUCCUUUAGUCUCCAAAGCUCUAGUAUUUGAUGAACCAAGAGCUUAUGGUUCAGUUGGAUCGACAAUUCGUGAUGCGGCAUGUUACGUUUGUUGGUCAUUUGCUCGAGCAUUUGAACCUGAAAUACUUCAACCUCAUGUUCAACAAAUCGCAGCAACUUUGUUAAUUGUUGCUUGUUUUGACAGAGAAAUUAACUGUCGAAGAGCAGCCUCAGCAGCAUUUCAAGAAAAUGUUGGACGUCAAGGGAAUUUUCCUCAUGGAAUAGACAUCGUUACUAUUGCUGAUUAUUUUGAAGUUGGAGUAAGAAGUCACGCGUAUCUUAAAAUUAGCGUUCACAUAGCACAGUAUAAAGAAUACAUUAUUCCAAUGAUUGAUCACUUGGUUCAAAGAAAAAUAAGCCAUUGGGAUACUGCAAUUAGAGAACUUGCGGCUAAAGCUCUUCGUAAUUUAACACCUUUUGAUCCUGAUUACAUUAUUCAAGUUGUAAUACCUAUUUUGAUUGAAUAUACGAGUUCUAUUGAUUUAAAUACCAGACAUGGAACAGUUCUAGCAAUUGCAGAAAUUCUGGAAGCUUUACAUUUGCAUUUUAAUGACAAAAUUGAAAAUAUUCUCGGUGCUCUCGAAGUAGAAAACAUUAAAAAAAUAAUUAGUUUAUUUAAAGCUAGAGGCCAAAUGAAAGGUCUUGGUGGUGAACUGAUGAAACAAGCAUGUUCAGUUUUAAUUGAAAAAUGUGCUUUGGUUCAUUUUCCGGUCCAUACUAGUGCCGUUUUACAUGAUUGGCAGAAUCUUUUAGAAGAUUGUUUAAAAUAUGAAGUGGCAAUUAUAAGAUUAAAAGCAGCUGAAGCUCAUACGGCUUUCUUUACAGAAUAUUAUGCUAAUAUUAGUAAAGAAAAAAGAUACGCGAUUACUGAUCGAUAUCUUGAAAAUCUAAAAGCAUCUUGUGAAAUAACUCGUAUAGGAUUUGCUCAAGCAAUUGGAUACUUUCCUACGUUUAUGCUACGAGAAAGAAUAGAAGAUAUAGUUAAGGGACUUAUUUCGUGUUGCCGUAUUACAGAUGCAACUGAUUGUUGGGCAGAGAGUAGAAGAAAGGCAUUACAAUCUUUAACAAUGUCUAUACAAAAUCUUGGCAUGCGAGAUAUUGAUGCUUGGCAACCGUUCAUUCAUGAAGUUUAUGAUUGCUAUUUACUUGCUUUAAAAGAAUAUACAAUAGAUAGUAGAGGAGAUAUUGGUGCAUGGGUUCGUGAAGCUGCAAUGGCUGGUCUUCAUUUUGUGACAAAUUUAGUUUCUCAAGCACAAUUAUUUACUUUGCUUGAUGAAUCGAUAGUAAGUCGAAUAAUUGGUGGCGUUGCACAACAAGCGGUUGAAAGAAUUGAUAGAACUAGAGUUCAAGCAGGCAAAGUAUUUUGUGGUUUACUUUAUUGUGAUCCAGAACUCCCAAAUAUUCCGUAUCAUGAUGAGUUAAAGAGAAUAUUUCCCUAUGAAGUAUGUAGGGAUGAAAUCAAUUGGAUGAUGGAACUGGAGACAUUCCCGAGAUUUAUUAAAAUGCUAGACUUUCCACCUUAUAUUGAUAAUGUUUUAAGAGGUAUAAUUUUCAGUGUUGGAGGACUCAGUGAAUCUUUAGUCAAGCAUUCAAGUAUGUCAUUAUUUUCAUAUUUGAAUGAAGUCGAUGAAGAUCAUUUCAAGACACUUUGUGAUAAAAUGUUGGAUAUUUUUGAUGAGAGUCACGGAGAUGAAAGAAUGAUUCCUUCUAUUCUCGUAUUUUUAGACAGGCUUUUGAGUUCUGGAUGUCUUCAAAAGGUUUUAGAUGAUCCAUAUAAUUUAAUUCCUGAAAGAAUGUUUCUUUUAGUAAAACGAGAAAAGCAAUCGACUACAAAUUCAAAACUCAUACUAAACAUUAUUACAGUGUUUUGCCAACUUUUACAGGCUAAAGGAUCUGUGAGUAAACAAGCGUUUACUCAAUUAAGUAUCUUAUUGUGUAAUAAAUUCCAAGCAAUCAGGAGAACAACAGCUCUUCGUUUAUAUGAAGCAUUGACUCUGUAUGAAGGAGACUUGGAGAUAUCAGAAGAACAUGUCGCAGAUAUGUUAUCCAUAUUAAAUUCUACAGAUUGGGGGAAAUCUCCUAAUGAAUUAAGACCAAUUAGAAAUCGUUUGUGUGAAAUAAUGGGUGUACCUUCACCAGUUACUAUGAAAAAACCUAAGGACUGAAGCGAAUUUAGCAGCUCAAAGCUAAAAAAAUCUUAUUUUUAAGCUUGUGAUACCAGUUUUAAAAUGAUUGCCCUUAUUCGAUGAAAAACUAAGAUCUUGAUCAAAUGUGUUUUUAUACUCCUUUGAUAUAAAGUUUAUUUUAUUAUAAAAAAUAUCUAUGGUUUAUAUUAAUAUGUACAAAUGAUAGAAAUUUUUUUCUAUUUUUUUUACUUGUAACAU